CAUGCAAAUAAGAGCGCAAAGUCCGCUGCAGUGUGGACAGUGUGAUGGCGGUGCGCGCGAGCAGUGCGCGUAACCGCUCCGCGCCGGUUGGGCUGGAGCGGUGAUUGUGGAGAAGACCCGAGAGUUUUGGUAAACCCGCAUCGUGGAUGAGGAACGCACGUGAGAAGGGCCUGCUACGCGACUCUGCCAUCGGACUAUGCCUUACCCAGCUCUGGAGGAGAGCAACAGGCAAAGCAUAGGACGGGACAGCUCAAGGCGACGACAGGGAGAGGGGAGCAGGCGGGCGUCUCGUGUGCGCUCCGGAGAUGGAGAUGACAAACCGCAGCCUGCACGGCGACUCCAAAGUCGACUGCGUGAGCUGCGAUGGCCUGAUCAGCCGAAACUGUGGGGACUCCGCAGACGUGUCGGUGCCACUGACACUCCCCGGGAAACGGACAACUCACAUGGAGGGAGACGACCUUUACAGACUCCGAGACAGAAAAUUAUUACUGGAGGAUAAAAAGCGUCUGUGCGCGUGGGCUCUGGGCACCGCUCUCUUCGGGAUACUGCUCAUGAUAAUCCACGCAGAAAUAUGUCCCUAUGUUUACACUCCGGGCUCAAACAUUGCAUUGAUCAUCAACUGCUCCAUCAGCCUGUCAACUGGGUGUCUUCUGAUCCUCAUUACAGCUUUCCAUUAUAAGGACAUCCAGCUGUUCAUCAUUGACCACAACCAGGUGGACUGGCGUAUCGCCAUGACCAGCCACAGGAUUAUUGCCAUCACCCUGGAGCUGUUAGUUUGUGUUAUCCAUCCUGUUGGAUCAUACUGGGGGGUGGGCCUCCAUGUGAACUCCUCUUCCACCGUUCCCACUCCAUCUCCACUCUGUGUUUCCAGCCACCAUGGCGAGGCCCUGAUGGACAUGGAGCUGCUGUUAUCAGUGCUGAUGUUCCUCCGCUUGUACUUGGUGCACAGAGCCAUCUUGCUGCACAGCAAAGUGCUGCUGAGUGCCUCCUACAGGAGCAUAGGCUCACUCAACAAUAUCAACUUCACCUUUCGCUUUGUUCUCAAGGUACUGAUGAACAAACACCCGGCACGCAUGCUGCUAGUCUUCAUCCUGUUCUUCUGGCUCACUGUGUCCUGGAUGCUUACACUGUGUGAGAGGCAGACCAAAGAAUCAACAGGCCAUAUGGAUACAGCGCUGUGGCUCAUAGCCAUCACCUUCCUUACAGUUGGCUAUGGGGAUGUGGCACCCAAAACCAACUGUGGCAAGGCAGUGUGUCUCUUCACUGGAGUCAUGCUGAAAAGUGGAAAACAGGGUGUUGCCUGCACCGCCAUGCUGGUUGCAAUCGUUACAGAGAAGCUGGCGCUGAACAAAGGAGAGAAACACGUGCACUUCUUCAUGAUGGAUAUCCAGAUUUCUAAAAGGAUCCGCCAUGCUGCUGCUAAUGUGCUAAGAGAAUGCUGGCUUCUUCAUCGUGCAAACGUGACAAAGAGCAACCGCGGUGAGCACAGAAAACACCAGAGAUGCCUUCUGGAAGCCAUCAGAGUAUUUCGGCAUUUACGCCUUAAACAAAGAAAACUAAGAGAUUACGUCAGUGAGAUGGUGGAUCUCCCAAAGAUGCAGAUGAUUAUGUGCGACCUCAGUGCCAACUGGAAUAACUCCUAUCGGGAGCUGGAGCAGCGAAUCCUCUCCAUGGAGCAGAAGCUGGACGAGCUGAGUCGCUGCUUCCAACAAACAUCUGAUCUGCUGUCUCAGGUUGUACGUCACCGCAACCCAGAGAUCAGGUGACACGACUGCACGCAGUCGUUAAAAACAGUCCGUAGUGUUUUCAUCUGAAGUAUCCACGAAUCCUCUCCAACCAGAGCUGCUUUAGACUCUUAACAUGCUGAACCACUUGGAGGACUGGCAUACUCACUAAAGAUCAUCUUUUGGCCCCAUUCUGAGUGCACUGCAUAGUGACUCACUGCUGUUAAAUUAUACAGAUAAAAUAAGACCUAAAUUCACUGCUGGGAAAUCCGAGUGCAUUUUCAGGAAAUCUGCUGGGUUUUCAAGCAAAGGGAUUGGUGACAGAGCCCAAGAACUGACCUGAUCUCAGUCAAGGACUGUGGAGGAUCCUUUAAUCUGCAAUAACAACAGAUCUGUAAACUGCUAUUUGCAAGAUACUAUUGAUGCUCUACAUUCCUAGCUUAUUCCUAUGGAAUAAGCCAUUUUGCAUGUUUUAAUUUUUGCAGUAUUUCAGUGUUAAUCCAACCAUUUUCCAUCAUCUGAGACACACAAU